UACAACAAUUAACAUGGAAGGAAUACCUUUCAAGGUUAUUAAAAGUUUCAUAUUGUUAAUUCUAACAAUUCUUUCAAUUACCCAAAUUUAUCAAUCUGUGAAGAGAUAUGUAGAAUAUGAAACCAGUAUUACUGUUUAUACUGUAGAAACCAGCCUUGAUGACCUAAAAAACCUGGAUAUUAUGCUGUGUGAGAAGAAUCAAAUUCAAAUGGUAAACGAAGAGGCAAAAAGUCAUGGAUAUGAAUUUCCUACGGCACAAACCUUCUUUACAGGAAUUAUCAAGACACCAGCAGGGGAUAAAAUUGAUUCACCACUACAGGGUGGAAUAGAUUCACCACUACUGGGCGGAAUAGAUUCACCACUACAGGGUGGAAUAGAUUCACCACUACAAGGCGGAAUAGAAUCACCACUACAGGGUGGAAUAGAUUCACCACUACAGGGCGGAAUAGAUUCACCACUACAGGGUGAAAUAAGUUCCCCACCACAGGGUGGAAUAGAUUCACCAAUACAGGGUGGAAUAGGUUCACCACUACAGAGUGGAAUAGGUUCACCACUACAGAGUGGAAUAGGUUCACCACUGCAGAGUGGAAUAGAUUCACCACUUCAGGGUGGAAUAGAUUCACCACUACAGGGUGGAAUAGAAUCACCACUACAGAGUGAAAUGAAAUCAAUGCCGAAUGGUUCUGAUGAAGUACUGAUUGGCUGGGGAGGUAUAGAAAACAUACCAGUGGAGGAAAUGAAAAAGCUUUUAGUAAAAGAAUCCAGCAAUAUUCCUAAUCCAACAAUUGAAAAAUUAAACAAUAUGAACAUACCUUUACAGUUUAAAAAGAAAUUUAUAAUUCCAACCGGAUACUGUCACGUCCUUGAAGACUUUACAACCAAGGGAUUUGAGCUUAAUGAACGAAUUGCCAUAUAUCUUGCUGAUGGAGACUUUGACAUAUUUGUGACAGACUCCAACCAGAAAACCGUGUACUCCAUUCAAUGGCAAACGUUCUCAACAGAUCUGUUAAUGAAAAAACUACCCAUCAAUACUCUUAUCAUGUAUGAAGUCAACAUUCGUAAGAACAUCUUUGAUCCUAAUGAUCCUAAAACUCAAUGCCAAGAUUACUCUGCUAAAGGUUCAAAGUACUCUAGCUAUGAGAAAUGUAUGGAAGAGGAACAAUAUAUUGACCAUCUUCCGCUCCUUGGCUGCAUCAAUCCAUUUCUCACUAGCAACGAAUCUCGAGCAUGUACGAAUAAUGUUGGUGGUCCAUCUGUUCCCUCCUACAUUGACUAUCUCAAUCAAAACAUUCUGUUAAGCAUUCUAUACAAACAAAGUAAUACAAUUCCUGAAUGCCCUCUUCCCUGUACCAGGCUUGAGAUAUCCCUCCGAACAAUUCAAAAUGUUGACAACAUCACUGACACAUCGCAAGUUGUUCUGUUCUUCAAAAACUCCAUUUCUGUGCGAGAGACUUACAGAAGCUUUGAUUUCAUCCCGUUAUUGGUGGAGAUUGGAGGUUCUUUGGGAUUUUACCUUGGAUUCUCCUGCUUAUCUAUUCUUGAACUUUUAGCUUUUUGCAAGGCCAUUGGAACUCAAGCUAAGAAAGUAUUUAUGUAACACCCUUUGCUGCUUAUUUCUGGCUUCCGGAAUAAUGCUCUGGAAAUGUACAGAAUAAUGUUUUGGAAAAAAACUGUAUUUUCUCAAUAUUUCAGAUCCUUUUUUGUAGAAUGUUCAUUGUUCUUUAAUCUUUGAAUACAAUUGUCGUUCUAAACAUUAGAAACGUCUUAAACUCGAGUAAAAAAUAAAAGGAAGGUAUUCCAAUCCCCCUUCAAGCAUAUAUGAAAAGUUGACGCGAGAUUUGAUAUUUCUGUUCUAAUGUUUUUCAUGUUUAACCAUUUUUACUAAUGUUAAAUUGUUUUAAUCCAUAAUUCUGAUUUUUCUUUCACACAAUGUAAAAUAAAAUCUUGA